ACAAUACGGACCAUUAUGCAAGCUUUCAACAUGUUUACGGAACUAAGACUACUGAAGAACACAGGCCAACGUAUAUACAGUUGCAGGCAAAAUCAGAUAACAAAUCUUUAACCGAUGAUGAACAAAAUGAUUAUCAGCAGGCACUGGAAUCAUAUUCAUACUCGUGUGGAGCACCAAUUUUCCCUGACGAUCAUUAUUUGAAAGAAGUGAUAUUUGUACGUUUGCAAAUUAAUUGUGAUUCACCGAUCGAAAUACUCUAUUAUUCAAGCCGCAAAGCAGGAAAUUAUCCAAUUUGUUACCAUUGUGGAAAUAGCGAUAAUUUAAUAACUCCACCUCAAUCUUUGAAGGAACGUUUCAAGCAAAUUUAUCCAUUGUGCGAAAUUUGUCAGGAAAGCGGGAGGAAUUUUUAUACAAAAGGGGCAGUUAAGACCAAUAAUAAAUCCACAAAGCAUUCUAAAAAAUAA